GUACAGCCAACAUGAGAACUGUUGCAGCUCUUACACGUGAAGAUGACUUGUGGAAUAUUUAUCAUCAUUUGUUGGAUGAACCAAUGAAACAAGGAACAUAUAAUGCUUUUUAUGCAUCAAUUGCAUUUGCAUUUUCACAAUGUAUAUUGUUCUUUAUUUAUGCAUUGGCAUUUUGGUAUGGAAGUACAUUGUUUAAGACUGGUGAAUUCAAUUUACAAAAAUUUUUUACAGUUUUUAUAGCCAUUGUUUUUGGAUCAACAUCAGCUGGACGUGUAUUUGCACUUACACCAGAUAUUGUAAAAGCAAGAUCAGCAGCUGCAUCCAUAAUUGCAUUAUUGGAAAGUAAACCAAAUAUAGAAAACAAUGGUGAAAAGGUUGAGAAUAUCAAGGGACAUAUCAAAUUUAUUGAUGUACAUUUCCAGUAUCCAACAAGACCACAUGUCUCAGUAUUAAGAGGGUUGACACUUGAGAUCAAACCUGGACAGUUUGCUGCAUUAGUUGGACCUUCUGGAUGUGGUAAAUCAACAACAAUUGGAUUGAUUGAGAGAUUUUAUGAAACAACAACUGGUAGAGUUGAAAUUGAUGGGAUUGAUGCUUCCAAAAUGAAUAUUAAUGAUCUAAGAUCAAACAUAGCUCUU